AUGUGUGUUCUCGGGUGUAAGGUAAGCUAUGCAGAAUCUAUGAAUUCGCAAUUAUUCAAAAGAACAAGAAUCAUCCGAGGAUCUUCUCCAUGGGCUCUCUUCUUGUGUUUACUAACACUCACUCUUGUCGUGGGAACCUCCACAGCGACUACAACCAUCAAUAGUCCAGACGGAGAUAUCAUAGACUGCUUGGAAAUAUUAGCUCAACAGUCGUUUAAUCAUCCUCUCCUCAAGGAUCACAACCUCCAGGAAAUACCAAGAGAACUUCCUAACACAGCUCAAAAUGAAGAUGGAGUUAGCGGCUGGCAAAUUUGGAACAGUCAUAACCGGUUAAAAUGUCCCGAGGGGACGAUUCCGAUACGGAGAUUUGUUUCUCGGGUGAACGGGACUACCAAUUUUGAGGAUAUAGCUCAGGGACAUGAGUAUGCUAUCGCAGAAUUGAACAUCAAACCAAAGAUUUAUGGAACAAAAGUCACAAUGAGUGUGGAACACCCCAAAGUUGCUCAAGUCGAUGAGUUCAGCCUAGGCCAACUCUGGCUCGUCUCGGGUUCAUUUGAAAAUGGUGAUAUAAACACCAUUGAAACUGGAUGGCAGGUUUACCCCUGGCUGUUUUUGGACCACCAGCCUAGAUUCUUUAUUUACUGGACGAAUGAUGCAUACACUCGUGGGAGCUGCUACAAUAUGCGAUGCCCUGGUUUUAUACAAAUCAGUGGCAAUGUCCUCCUUGAAGGCGCUAUCCACCGCGACACCGAAUUUAUUACAAUCCAGAUUUGGAAGGAUCCAAAGCUUGGACACUGGUGGUUGUCUAUUGGUCCGAACAGUGUCACUAUACUUAUUCCAGUUGGUUAUUGGCCGAGCGAGAUCUUUACUAAUAGUCUCGCUGACCAUGCGGAAAAUGUGCAGUGGGGCGGUGAAAUAGUAAACGAAAACAUCUCUGGUCUGCACACGACAACUCAAAUGGGAUCUGGAUAUCUUCCAAGUAGCAAUAGAGCUGCGUAUAUGCGCGAUUUGGAAAUUAUGGUUAACACCUCCCAUUUCCAGCCGAUAACCGAUCUCACAACAAUAGAGACAAACUCUGAUUACUACAAAAUCAAGACGACGAGCGACACAAGUUUUACUUAUGGUGGACCUGAACAUGCCGGAGCGGUUCACAGAUUCGGAGAGAACUCCAGAGUUAAUAGUGCUUAUGCUGGAGUAGUCUUUGGAUGA